CGAUCGAGCGAUUGUAUGUACGGUGGCUCCCGCACGAGUGAGGAGGAGGUAAGGGGAACUGUCGAGCAGCGUCGUCGGGACCGCCGUUUCUCGUCGAGAGACGCGUCAUUUUACGUGUUACCGAGACACAAUCAGCGGAAACGAGGCGUUAAAAUCGGACCCACGGACGUAGCACAGUCGAGUAUGAGACGCAAGAGUGAAAGGAACAAAGCGAAAGGAUCUCCAGAGAAGAAAGUUGAGAAACCAGUAAGGAAGUCAACGCGUAGGCGUGGCAGGAGAUCGCCUUCUACUUCGUCCGAACAGGACGCUUUUGUCGAGGAUGCGGCUAAAAGUGCCGUUCCGCCCAAGGAGCCCGAGAAGGAGACAAGCGUGCAAACGCGUCUGCAGAGCAAGGAGUUGGAGCAGACGCUACACGGGCGCGAGGAGAAGGUCUCCUCUAGUGAUAUAAACAUAAAGGUGGACUCACCCGAGGACGAGGACAACGGUGGCUCGGUGUGGAAAGUGGCGAGAGCGGAUGCGUCGCCCGGCGAGAUACAGAAGCUGAAAUUAUGUCGGCAGCGCAACACGUCAGAACCGUCAUCAGACACACCACCGUCGAGCAGGAAGGGUGUCAAGUCAAGUAGCAAGUGGCAAGAAAGUGGUGAGGGCGUUGCAGAGGAGGCUGACUCGGCGGACGAGCAACUGGUUUCUUGUACAAGAAUGCUCAGUGGCGCUGAACAGCCGAACGAUCCCUCCUCUUCAUACCCAGGUCAGGACUCCAACGAAGAGGUAAGUGAUAGCAAGGAGAUCCUGCCUGAAACCACUUCGGCCAACUUGUUGUCUGACGAUAAACCAAACAUAGAUCAGCAUGGUGAAGCAAAUGAGGCAAAUUGCGCUGCCCAAAUAGUUGAUAUCGAACCUGGUAAGCCGGGUAGCCCGACAACCACGCCGGUACCUAGCGCGAACGGUGAGGAGACCGUUACCGCUGCCAUCGUUGAAGAAAAUAAACCUGCGGAAGACAAGCCUGCGGAAGACAAGGACAAGCCUGCGGAAGACAAGCCUGCGGAAGACAAGCCUGCCGAAGACACAUCUGCGGAAAACAUACCUGAGGAAGACGUCGGUGAAAAGUCAACGGAGAUAAUUGUCAAAGAGACAUUUGUCGAAGAGACAUCUGUCAAAGAUACACUUGGCGAAGAGACACUUGUCAAAGAGACACUUGUCAAAGAGACACUUGUCAAAGAGACACUUGUCACAGAGACAUUUGUCAAAGAGACUAGCGUUGAAAAUAUUCGUAGAGAUACGAGUAGCGAGGACGAGGAGGAGGAGGAGGACGAUAAAGCGAAAGCGCCUCGUCCAGCGGACUCGUCAUCCGAUUCGAAUGACGAAUCGCGGUCUAAGAGAAGCAGAACGAGUAGCGACCGAACGUCGUCACGCGCGACUCGCAGAAAGCAUCGAAACAAAUACAGAGACUCGUCUAAUUCCGAUACACCCGAUUCCGAAGACGAACCUAUUGACAGAAAAGUCUCUGAGCCUUACGCGGAGGAGGAAGAGGAGGAGGAGGAAGAGGAAAAACAGAGUACAGAGUAUUUGCAAGAGAAUGAUAAACAACAAUCGGUGUCGCCGGAAAGAACUAACUCUCAUUCGAAUAAUGUAGAAAAGAUAGAGGUCGAGCAUAGUGAAACUGUCGAAGAUAAAUCGGAAGAGAAUACAACUGAAAAAUUGGAACAGUCUGCACCGAUUAGCACUCAGGUGGUCGCUCAUAAACCUGUUAAAGUCAACUUGAAGAGAUCAUUCUCAACAAGAAUAUUAUCCGAAAAGAACGAAGUGAAAAGGGAUGAUGCCGAUGCAAAUAUCGACGAUUCCAGUAGUCAAAAUAAGGAAAAUGGCAGCGAACAAGAACCAAAAUGUGUGCCGAGGAAACGUCGAUGGGGGACCGCGCUUUCUACGGACACCGCGCCCUCGUUUUCUGUUUCGACCGAUUCGCUCAAGGCGUUGGUGCCGGGUGCGAAGCCAUUAUCCAUCAACGAAGUUCGUCUCUCGAAGGACGACGACGAGGACAGAGAUCGUCAUAGGAGUAACGAUAAACGGCACAAUUCUAGCGACAUUACAAAUGAUAAGGCGACGGAUGAGAACUUGCAGAAAAAUGGCGCUGCCAAAAAGGGCAAUGGAAAAGUAGAUAAUCACAUCGCGACAAGGCGGAAGAUAUCAAUCGUGAAGGAGAUGCCGCACCUAAAAUCGCCAAGUCCGCCAGCAUCUAAACCUACCAAUAUCCUGUUGAUCAAGAAUCUAGUUCGCCCUUUCACACUAAAUCAGAUCAAGGAGCUCCUCUCGCGUACAGGCACCAUCGUGGAGAACGGGUUCUGGAUGGAUCGAAUUAAAUCUAAAUGCAUCGUCGAGUAUUCCAAUGAGGAUCAGGCCUUUGAGACAAGGCAGGCGCUUCACGGAAUCUCUUGGCCUAUGUCCAAUCCAAAGAAGCUUCAUGUGGAAUAUGCUACGAAGGAGGAUAUGGAGACCGCUCGGGAAUCGUCCAAGGAACAACCGGUUGCGCGCAAAACCGAACCCCUUUCGUCGGAUUCGUGGCAGCAGGAUUGGAAUCGCGACGAGAAGACUAAUACGACUAAGGUGACCGUGGUGAGAGAGUGGGAUCUAGGCAAGGAGGACGGCCAGCAACACAUCAGGGAGAAGGAGCGUGAAAAGAAGGAACAUGAUAAAAAGCGACGAGUGAGGAGUCGUAGUCCAACGUUGGACGCGCAUCUAUCGGCACCGGCUCGCAAAUUCAAGAAGAAGGAGGACGAUCCGCCGCCGGCCAAGCUUCUAGAUGAUCUCUUUAGAAAAACGAAGGCGACACCUUGCAUAUACUGGUUACCGCUUACGAAUGAACAAAUAGUCGUGAAGGAAGAAAUGCGACGGCAACAUAUGGCGGAACACGCGCGCAGAUUGGAAGAGAUGAGACGCGCCGACAGAAAUAGAGACGGGCGACGUCGACGCAGCCCAAGAAAAUAGAAAUCAGCGUGUGAUAUCGUCGGCAACAUAACAUGUACCUUUCCUCCUCUGGUCCCUUCAUCCUAAAUUUAAUUUUGCUCAUGCCAUUCAAUUUUUUUAAAUUCUGCAUUAUGUUUCUUGUUAUUGAUAUAUAAUGUUUAGUGUUAAAAAUAUGUGGAUUUUCUCCUUUCUUUGGAAUCAUUCAAAAACUUUUAAAAAUUUACGAUUCAACAUCUGUUCACAUUCUGAUUUACUUUCUUUUUGCAUUUUCUUUUGUGUUGUCAUCUCUUCAUUUCCCUUUGUCUCUUUAUGUCUCUAUCUCUCUAUCUUCCCAGUCAGUUUAAUUUCAGAUACUAUUCUAUUGCACGACUAUCAAAUGUCCUCUCACAAUUCCUUAUUCCCUUUCCUCGUGUAUCAGAAUUUAACCAUACUUCUUACAGGUCAACAUUUAUCUAUCCCACAGAGAGCCGAUAACUGUAGAUCAGAUGCGAUAGUGGUUCUGUAUUUCCGUCAACCGUUGAUGGCAGAUAGUCCCAAUUCACUCUUUAUGUCAAGUUGAAACGCAGCAUCCACACGGAAUAAUGUUGCAACGUGGGAACUUCUUUGAAGAAAAUAGACGAGACAUAUUAUUGAAUGUGGAAUAGACUUGGCAUUCCUGAAAAAUAUCGUUCAUUUCUUCGCUCUUUUUCUUGUUUCCUUUGUUUUUUAAAUGACUCGAACUCUGACACAAGUACGUUCGAAUGGAGAAAUGAAGCCGUAUGACGAUCUGAAUGGAAAACACCGUCGUCCGAGACGCAGAAGAGCAUUGCUACGAAGACAUUAUGUUGGACGCUACUGAUGAAUGAAAGACGAACUUUGUCUCUGCGUUAAAUAUUCUUCGUCAUCUGUUUUGGUUGCCUCGAGCUCAACAAUUGCCAGCCAUUCGACAACUUUGAUAGCGGCUACACGUUUGGAGGUGUCGCGUCAGUGUGUCUAACCAUAAUAUAGAACUAGCAGGGCAAAGACAUGUCUGUACAUAUAACCAAUACUUCAUGGUGACAUGUAAAAUUAUUAAUAAAUCCUAAAAAUGAUAAGAA